CCGGAAGGGACCUGUGGAUGCGCUUGGGAAAAAGGAAAGGAAGAGUAAGCGCGAGGGACCAUGGCUGCUGCGGUCGCUGUGCGCGGUGCCGGGAGGAAGAAGUUGGGAACGGCUGCUGCCUCCCUCGCAGGCCGCGGGAUUUCCGCGGUGCUGUGGAGAAGAGUUUGUUCACAGUAUAAACAAGUAACCAGCAAUGAGGACCUGCCCAUUGCAAUGGAAAACCCUUAUAAGGAGCCUCUUAAGAAAUGUAUCUUGUGUGAGAAACGUGUAGAUUAUAAGAAUGUACAGCUUUUGUCCCAGUUUAUUUCUCCAUUCACUGGAUGCAUUUAUGGAAGGCACAUAACAGGUCUUUGUGGAAAAAAACAGAAAGAAAUAGCAAAAGCAAUUAAGAGAGCCCAGAUAAUGGGAUUUAUGCCAGUUACAUACAAGGAUCCUGCAUAUCUCAAAGACCCUAAAGUUUGUAACAUCAGAUAUCGAGAGUAAAUUUUAUAAGGUUACUGCCAGUAAAUUUGUAAGUGGUUGUAUUUCAGUACUAAGUUGGGUAGAAAGCAUUUCAGCAGGUAGGAGAGGUGGUAUGGUGCUUCCUCUCCAUACCAGUGAGUGUUCUGUGGACCAACUGCUUAAAAUGCUAAUGCUAAUUACAUCGUACACAUUUUGAAUAAAAGUAUUUAUGGUUGUUA